AUGGGGACCCCGCGGGCACUGUGGCCACUCGUCUGGGCCGUGCUGCAGCUGGGCUGGCGGCCAGGAUGGCUCCUAGAUGCCCCCAGCAGGCCCUGGAGCCCCCUCACCUUCUCCCCGGCCCGGCUCACUGUGCCCGAGGGGGCGAACGCCACCUUCACCUGCAGCUUCUCCAGCAAGCCCGAGCGCUUCGUCCUCAACUGGUACCGCAUGAGCCCCAGCAACCAGACGGACAAGCUGGCCGCCUUCCCCGAGGACCGCAGCCAGCCUGGCCGGGACCGGCGCUUCCACGUCACGCCGCUGCCCGGCGGGCGACGCUUCCACAUGAGCAUCAUGGCCGCCCAGCGCAAUGACAGCGGCGUCUACUUCUGCGGGGCCAUCUACCUGCCCCCCAAGACGCAGAUCAACGAGAGCCGGCCUGCGGAGCUCACGGUGACAGAGGGAGUCCUGGAGCUGCCCACAGAGCGCCCCAGCCCCCCACCCAGGCCCGAAGGCCGCUUGCAGCGCCUGGUCACCGGCGUCACAGGCGCCCUGCUGGGCGUUCUGCUGCUGCUGCUGCUGACCUGGGUCCUGGCGGCCGUCUGCGCGCGUGCGAGUGUGGGGGUGUGUGUGUGCGCGCGCACGUGUCAGCCCCUCGGAGACCGACGAGCCGUCCCUCCCUCUCUCCCCAAGGAGGAGGGCUCCCCCGCCGGGCCUGCGUGCACCGUGGACUACGGAGAGCUGGACUUCCAGUGGCGAGAGGAGACCCCGGAGCCCCCGGCCCCCUGUGUCCCUGAGCAGACCGAGUACGCCACCAUCGUCUUCCCGGGCAGGCCGGGCUCCCCAGGCCGCAGGGCUUCCGCAGACAGCCCGCAGGGGCCCCGGCCUCUGAGGACUGAGGACGGACACUGCUCCUGGCCCCUCUGA